AUGACAGAAAAUCCUUCACUUCCGCUCCCUACGCUUUGCAUUUGUGCGCAAUCGGCUCGACCGGGUCUCAAAGUAUUAUCUGGUGUAUCGCUUUCGACGUGGAGGGAGGACGACAAGAUGCUUCGAUGUAAGAUUUGUGCCAAAAAGUUUGGUCUGCUUCGUCGAAAACAUCAUUGCCGAGCAUGUGGAGACAUUUUUUGUCGCCGGUGUCUAGGAUUUUACUUGAACCAGGAUCACUCUAGUAGAGAACGUCAAGUUUCCUUUUCCAAAUGA